GAAUGCUACAAGCAGAAGGAGGUCCUCUUUCCGUGGAUGACCUGGCAGCAAUUCCUCGACUUGGGCAAGGACGUGCUUGCCUUCCACCAUGUGUGCGAUAAGGCUAUGGAGGUGGCAGCUGGCAAACGGAAGAGGGAGACGAUGGGGCAGGACGUCAGCAAGGUGAUCAAGAGGCGCUGCAGCGGGGUCACUCCGAAGUGCCUCGGGAUGAAGCCUGUGGAGCUCCUGGACAAGAACGGCAUUGAGGUUGCGCCCGGUUACCACGUGGCCGUCGAGGGGGCGCCGCAGAAGAUCUACUUCUACGCCGACAUCGCCGUGAAGAGCGGUAUUCCAGUGAUGGAUUCGCGUGAGAACGUGAACGACGUGCAGAUCGCGCCGAACGUCAAGCGGGCCUUCGACAUCGAUGACUUCGGAGGCGGCAACAUGCGAAUGCCGAGUGGUUUGAAGACGUGGAAUCAGCUUGAAAUACGUAGCAGGACCACCAGGCAGAAGCGCGACGAGCUGACUAGUAAGAGGCCUGCUGAGAAAGGCAAGCCAACUAAAAAAGGUGAUGGUGACGACGCGAGCUUCCAUGACGACGGUUCUGACUAUGAAGUCCCCUGGAGCUGCUGCUUCUUCGGCCGCGGCUCCGCCGAGCACCCCUGGCUCCCAGCCAUCGAGAAGGAUGGCAUUUUGAAGAAGAUGGCUGGAGGCUACUACGCCAAGACCCCGAAGUACUGGAUAAAAGUCCUCGGCUUGGCGCAGGGCGCAGGUGGCAACACCGUGCCCAAGGAGGUCGGCCAGGCCAAGCUUUGCCGCACAAGGGAGGGCAAAACCACGGAUGCCGACAGGCUUGAGAAGCACAUCGAUUUGUUCAACGACAGCCUGAAGCCUCCAUCGUCGCAAGUCCAUCUCAUGUCCGACGACGCGCUGAGGGCCCUGAUCGAAAAGCUGGAGCCAGGUCUGACAUUGAAGAAGUUCCAGGCUUUGUCUGACCUGGCGCUGCGGCUCUCCUCAAAGAGCGACCCCGCGUUGACCGAGCUCGUCUGCGUACCCGACCCGAUCGGCAACAACAAGAAGCACACCUUCGAUGCGCUCAACCUGCCGCACCACGCGAUCGCGAAGCAAGUUGGGAAGACGGCUUACUACGACUUCGCAAAGGAGGAGUACUUCGGCAAGGUCAUCCUCAAGCUCUUGUGCAUGAACAGCGCUGAGGGGGAUCUUAGGCUCAGGGGGGUGGACGUCGAAGCGAAGAAGGUGUUCAGUUUGCCAGAGGACUUGCCGCUGGAGGACUGGGUGGUGGACUUCAGUAUCCAGAUGUCUCUUCUUCAUGAGUGCGUGGACUUCAUCGUGGGUCCGCGCAUUGUCGGCGCCGACGUCGAGGACCCGCGGGGCCUUCUUCAACAGAUCCAGCCGCCAGCUGCUAACGCUCAGGCCGACGACUUCUUCUCCAUAAUCGCGCCGUCGCUGGCCGAUGGCCAUCGCGCGCAGACCUUGUUUGCAGAAUGCGCCAAGCCGAGCGCGAAGCACGACGAGCACUACCAGGAGGUGAAGGCCAUGCUGAACAAGAUGGAACUCGCAGCGAAGAGUGGUGAGCGCGAGACGCGUCCAGUGUUGACGAACGUCUGCGCCAAGCUGUUGGGCUGGGAUCAGUGCAUGCCCAGGGGCUCCUGCAGUCGGGUCAGGGACUUGCUCUGGGCGCAGGUGAUGAGCACCUAUCAGGCCCAGGCUGGCCACAGCGAGGAGUCGAACCCAGAAGAGCCCAGGGAGGAAGUGUUCGUUGAUAAGGUCGAGCUGAGGGACUACAUCGAGAAGUUGAACCGCGCCAUCGGCUCAUUCGAUCAGGAGAAGAGGGUAGCAUAUAUCAACGACAUGUGCAUCGAGUACCAGACCACGAAGGACAUCAAGACGUUGGCCAGGCUGGAGAACGUGCUGGGCCAGCUCCAGGAAGGGGAGGUCCUUCCCCCGGCAGCCCUCGUCUCCAUCUCGAAUGCUGCCAAGCACGCUUCGCAGCACAUGAUCGAGGUGGCCGAGAGGGACAGCGAGCAAGCGAGCACGGAACAGAUCAUGAUCAAGCGUGGCAAGUACGCCGAGGGCAUUGUGGUUGCAGCAAAGAACUUCGUCAACAUGAUGGAGGUGACCAAGUGCGUGAUGGCGAUGGGCCCAGACGCGGAUGCACGGUCCAAGUCAGAGCAGCGCACGCCUCGCUUGCUGGAGCUCGGCCGGGCCCUGACCUCCUUCGAGAGUGCGAUCCAGACGUCGAAGGGGGGCGGGGGGGGCCCGAAAUUCGGCCGCAGCGAGUACGAGCGCCCCGUGCAGACCAAGCAGGAGGUCGCCACGGCGCUCAUCAAGAACCUGAAGGAGAAGAACCUCAAUGCCAUGCAGGACGCGGAGAAGAUAUACGGCAUGAAGAGCUCGACGGUGCCGACUUGGCACGAUGGCCUGAGCGCCGACGUGAAGUGGGCUGAGCUGCUCGAGACGAAGCAGGCUCGCGACUUCCACGCGAACGUCUUACGCCAGCACGACGACUUGUUCGCGUCCGUGAAGAUGCUUGUCGUCAAAUGGGACGAGAUGAUGCAGCUGCGAGCGGACCUGAGCGCGCUGUACACGGAGCGCCUCAUUCUGGACAAGGCCGGCAAUUCGAGCAUCCAGAAGGCAGAGCUCCGCAGGCACGCGAUGGCUGCCAAGGCGUUCUGUCGGGACAUGGGCGGCGAGCAGGCCGCGAAGGCGGUCUUCGCGCCCGUCGCCAUGAAGAUGAAGCUCGCCCUUCAGGGCAAG